CCUGCUACACCGUCUGGUGAAUUAUCCCUCGAUCCUCUACACUGUUUCAGUUUAAAAGUGUGUUUAGGGUUUUAUUAUUAUUGUAUUUAACGUGUUGCCAUAUUUUUUUCCGAGUGUGACUGGACUGUUAGGUCCGGGCACCAGGAGUUGCAGAAGUAGCGGAUUUAAAAACUUUCUGUCUGCAAGUCUGUUCGUCGAAAUAGCGCUUCAUGAACAGUCCCUGACUAUCAAAAGGGGAAAUAUGGCUUUUUAAACUGUGUCUGUCUUCCUCCUCGUCGUAAAGCUUCGCGUGCUUUGCUCCUGCAACGCACUACAAGACUAUUCAGAAACUAUGGGGUCUUCAGGUGUUUCCACAAUUCUUUCAUCCACCCAGUGCACGGUUUGUGCUUUUGAACAAUUUAAUCGAAGCAGACGACACAAUGGCGGCAUCGAUCCUUCGCAGGAAAAUUCCUCCCAUUUCCACAGGCGAGCUCGGCGCUCCCCAUCUCCGACAGGCUAGCCACAGCCAAUCACGGCCCAGGACGGGGGCGGAGCUAGCGGGGAGGCAGCACUUAAUUGGUGAUGGUCACUCAGAUUGGAUGACGGAAAAAGUUGAUUUGUCUUCAUUUGUGUCGACGACCGAGUCUUCUCCCAGCUCAUCCCUUCCACCCUCGCCGUUAGAACAAGAUGUCAAAGUGCCCUCGGAUCUGGAGGUCAUGACCUCACUGCUGCAGGAGGAGCUGGCUCAGCUGGAGGACUACUUCCGCUCCGAGUCCACAUCCACAACAAACAAGUUGGAGAAAUCCUCAAAAUGUGACAAGGGUGCUCAAGCCAUGGGCUCCCAGUCUUAUUAUCAGUUACCCUAUGGCUCGUAUGGGACCGGCCAAUCAGAAACCAGCCCUGUGGUUGUUACCUUGGCAACAGGGGAACUGGACCUGGCCAGCUUCUGUGGUGGUCCCAUCGCCAGAACCAAAAUUACGCGACCCGCUCCGUACAACUACCAUCACCGGUACCACCACAACAACGGGCGCCGAAUCCUCAGCGAGGCGGUGAAAGUCGGGGAGGAAGUUGGACUCGAUACGUGGGGCUCGAGGGGAAGUUACUCAGGAAGCACAGAGUUGUCUGUGAACCACUACUCCACGCUGAAGACAGUGAGCAAGAACAGCAUCGGUAGCGUCAAGAAGGUGAGAGAAUGUGCUUUAUCGUUGAAGGAAGAGGAGAGUUAUUGUUUUUCAGAAGGAAUGUUUUGCAGCGAAGAGAUUGCGCGAGGUUUUUGUCUGGGUGGCUCGUACGACAGCCACCACAAGCGAGAGGGACAGUUGAUGCACAACGUGAAGGUAAAUGUAAGUUACGACAGCACGGGGCUCGAGGUCUUGCACUGCAGUAAAGACGGAGGACUUUCUGGAAGUAUUCCCCAAGAGACAAUGGUGGCCAGUGACGGCUACUUCCACCAGUCCAUGAGCACAGAGCCUUACCAUAGCUUUAUAGGUGACCUAGAUCAGCCGUCACAAGCACAGGCUGUAGAGCCCCAACACGGCCACUACCUCUAUCCAGAAUGCCUUGCAGACCAAAGCUACGAAUGUCUGUCCAGAGGGGAGGGCGAGGGGACGCUGAUGGGUGCCCCCAUCCACCGCCCCACCCAGAGGCUAAAGGAUGAGCCCUGCUCCGUCAAGCCAGCUCUGGUGAUGGGCUCCACUUGUCUGGAAGGCGGCACUGGAGAGAGGAAGCAGAAGAAGAGAGACCAGAACAAAACUGCUGCUCACAGGUACAGGCUGCGUAAGAGGGCGGAGCUGGACUCUCUGGAGGAGGAGCUGCACGGCCUCGAGGGCCAAAACCGGGAGCUUCGUGACAAGGCGGAGUCGGUGGAGCGAGAAAUUCAGUACGUCAAAGAUUUACUGAUCGAGGUCUACAAGGCUCGCAGUCAGCGGCUCAAACAGGAUGGCAGUGCCUAAAACGCCCACGCUGACCUCACCUCCAAACCUCCCAACCAGCACCAAGAGAAAAAUCAAGUCGAGAGCACCAACUGGUUUUUGUCUCACAGGAAUGAAAUGGUAGUUGCAUGAUUUUGGUAGUUCUUUUCUAAAAAAAAAAAAAUAUAUAUAUAUAUAUAUAUAUAUAUAUAUAAUUGUUCCAAGAGGAUGGCCAAACAAAAACACACCUUUCCUAAAAAAGAAAAGAAAAGGAGAAGUUUCCAAAUGGGUGACUAAACUAUAACAAGCCUUAGUGACGCGGCUCCUAGAGGAGAUGCUGAACUUGUCCGUGACCACUGUGAUCCGAACUGCACUCACAGCCUUGUGAUGACUGAGUUUGCGCUUGCAAUGAUUGAUCGUUUACAAAAUGCUCUUUGAAUUAGUAGCAGUGAUGGAAUUUGCUUGUGGUUUUGGUGACACACAUUGGCAGCAUCGAGGCAGAUCCAUGCUGAAUAAAUAUUUUAUUUUAUAUUUUAUUUUUUACUUAAUAAUGGUCAUUUAUCAUUUGCUUUAAACAAUCAACUGAAUAAAGGGAUUGCUGGAAAAAAAAAGUGUGUAACAUGCUCUACAAAUAUUCAUUAUCAGAAACAUUUAGAAAAUUUGUAUGCUACAAUGUUGAGUAUUUACACUUCUUUAUCCCACUGAAAUAACCAAUGCAUGUUUGAUUUUGGAAAAGCAUGUGCGAGUGUUAUUUGAAGGCAAUAUUCUGUUAACUGCAUGGCUUCAAGAUCUCCACCGUGUCAAUUUAACUGAGUUGACUUUAUUCUUCUCAUCAGCUGGCGACUUGUCCCUGAGUUUUGCCCCCGCCAGUGUGAUUCAUGCUCAGGUUUUUGGUUUUCCGCUCUGACAAACACAGAAACAUUCACUGGCUUUUUUACUUUCUCUUCUCUUCUUCUCUUCUCUCUUUCGGCUGUAUUUUGCGAACAAACAAUCACCUGUUGACGCAACAAUAAAUCGUUGUUGGGUAACGGUACGACUUCAUGGGAAAUUUUGUUUUCAAUUGAUCAAUUUGAUGUAUCUGAAAUUCAGGUCCUUUUAAUAAUCGAUGUCAAUGUCAGGAAAUUAUACAUCAGGUAAAUUACAGCCAAAUAAACCAGUUAUGUAGUAUCAUUGAUCUCUGCCUUUGGACUGUUUUUCACUGCAUGCCGGCCAUUAUGCAUUCAUUCUGCAGCCAUUAAAACGCCUUGCAACAA